AUGAAGGCCAGUGCUCCUAAGCCCAAGUGGAGCGACGUCUCAGCAAUGAGUUCGACCACGAAAAGCUAUUGGGCCCAAUGGGACAGCUUGCUGAUUCAGGAUGGAAUCCUGUGCCGCAAAUGGGAAAAUGGUCGGGGAGACAGAUGUCAUUUGCAAAUGGUUGUCCCUAAGGCAAAAGUACCGGAUGUUCUACAGCUGUACCAUAGUUGUUGUUCAGGAGGCCACCUGGGAGUUAAACGAACUCUCCUGAAGAUCCGAGAACGGUUUUACUGGGUCCACUGUCGUGACGAUGUCGAGGACUGGUGCCGCAAAUGUACAAGUUGUGCGGCUGUAAAGGGACCUCAAAUUCGUAGUAGAGGCGCAUUGAAAUUGUACAAUGUUGGUGCACCAUGGGAGAGGAUAGCCAUUGACGUUGCGGGGCCGUUUCCAGAAACUGAAAGUGGUAACAAGUAUUUCAUGGUUGUGAUGGAUUACUUCACUAAGUGGCCAGAAGUCUUCGCCAUUCCAAAUCAAGAAGCUUCAACAAUUGCAGAUAAACUAGUUCAUGAAGUCUUCUGUCGUUUUGGAGUACCUUUAGAGAUUCACAGCGAUCUAGGAAGGAAUUUCGAGUCUCAAAUAUUCCAGGAAACUUGCAGAGUUAUGGGUACUCAUAAAACACAAACAACUGCUUACCACCCACAAUCUGAUGGAAUGGUAGAACGAUUUAAUCAGACAUUGGAAAGGUACCUGGCAAAAGUUCUGAAAAACGGCAACGAGACUGGGACAGGCACAUACAACCGUUUUUGUUGUCAUAUCGAAGCGCUGUUCACGAAAGUACGUCAGUGA